ACAUCCCUCUCCUCCCGCGAGCCUCACGACACUCCUCGCCACCUGUCACCUUCACACCUCGCACCGCCUCAUCUAUCCGCCACCAUGUGCUCGCGUCUUCAGUUUGAGGGCAACUCGGACAUCGGCGUGUUCGCCAGUCUGACGAACAGCUACUGUCUCGUGGCCGUCGGCGGCUCGGCCAACUUCUUCAGCACCUUUGAGGCCGAGCUGGGCGACACGAUCCCUGUUGUGCACACCACGAUCGCCGGCACGCGCCUCGUGGGCCGCCUCACGGUGGGCAACCGGCACGGCCUGCUGGUGCCGAGCACGACGACGGACCAGGAGCUGCAGCACCUGCGCAACGCGCUGCCUGACGAGGUGGCCAUCCAGCGCGUCGAGGAGCGCCUCAGUGCGCUCGGCAACGUCAUCACCUGCAAUGACUAUGUCGCGCUCGUGCACCCCGACCUGGACCGCGAGACCGAGGAGAUCAUCGCCGACGUGCUCAAGGUCGAGGUCUUCCGGCAGACGGUCGGCGACAACGUGCUCGUCGGCUCGUACGCAGCCCUCUCGAACCAGGGCUGCCUUGUGCACCCCAAGACUUCGCUGCAGGACCAGGACGAGCUGAGCAGUCUGCUGCAGGUGCCGCUGCUCGCCGGCACGGUCAACCGCGGCUCGGAGCUGAUCGGCGCCGGCCUGCUCGUCAACGAUUGGGCGGCGUUCGCUGGCAUCGACUCGACGGCCACGGAGCUCUCAGUCAUCGAGGCUGCGUUCAAGAUCACACAGGGCGGCGGCGGCUCGGGCGUCGUCGACGAGCUGCGCGACGCUCUUGUCGACACCUACGCAUGAGCGAGCGGGCGAGAGGGUGGCUUGGACACGGGCAGAUCUGUACUCUAGAGUGAUCCAUUACUGCAUGUCUUGCGACGUCCGG